UCAGGUGUGCCACACUAAGAGAAGGACAUGAAAUAUCUUUACUGAAAUUCUGCUUUUGAUCAAGCUGUUAAAAAUGGAUCUAAACAUUAUUUUCUCCUGUGAGUUUUUGAUAAAUGGACAUUGACAUGGACUACGAAAGACCCAACGUUGAAACUAUCAAGUGUGUGGUGGUUGGAGAUAACGCAGUGGGAAAGACUCGUCUAAUUUGUGCGAGAGCAUGCAAUACAACCUUGACUCAGUAUCAGCUGCUGGCAACUCACGUACCAACUGUCUGGGCCAUUGAUCAGUACCGUGUCUGCCAAGAGGUCCUUGAACGCUCGAGAGAUGUUGUGGAUGAAGUGAGUGUUUCUCUCAGGCUGUGGGAUACGUUUGGGGACCACCACAAAGAUAGGCGCUUUGCUUAUGGAAGGUCUGAUGUAGUUGUUCUGUGCUUUUCAAUUGCUAAUCCUAAUUCUCUGAAUCAUGUGAAAACGAUGUGGUAUCAAGAAAUCAAGCACUUCUGUCCUCGUACACCUGUCAUUCUGGUGGGCUGCCAACUAGAUCUCCGCUAUGCAGAUCUUGAGGCUGUUAACAGAGCCAGACGGCCUUUGGCAAGGCCAAUAAAAAGAGGAGACAUUUUGCCACCAGAAAAAGGCAGAGAGGUUGCCAAGGAGCUUGGGAUACCGUACUAUGAAACCAGUGUAUUUGACCAGUUUGGGAUUAAGGAUGUGUUUGACAAUGCAAUAAGAGCUGCCCUGAUCUCCAGAAGACACCUGCAGUUCUGGAAAUCUCAUUUGAAGAAGGUCCAAAAACCUUUGCUUCAGGCUCCAUUCCUACCUCCAAAAGCCCCUCCUCCAGUUAUCAGAAUUCCCGAGUGUCCCGUACCAAGCAUGAACGAAGCUGGAUAUUUAUUGGACAGCCCACUGUGUGCAGAUGUUAUGUUUGUUCUCCAGGAGCAGGACUACAUUUUUGCUCACAAGAUUUACCUAGCUACCUCCUCUUCAAAGUUUUAUGACCUUUUCUUAAUGGAAUGUGAGGAAAGUCCAGAGUUGGAUGAAACACAGUCUAAUAACGAAAAUCCCAAUAAGGAUGUUCUGACAAGUCACCUUGAGACAAAUAGUGACAGUGAUGAGACACUCUUGAAAGCUGCUGAUGUUAAAAUUCCCCCACUAGAAAGUACUGACUCUUUAAACACACUAGAACCCGAACCUGGGGAAACAAAUUCUGCAGCAACAUCUCUGUCAUCCUGGGGUAAGGGGUUUGUUAGUGUACAUAAGGAAAUGCAAGUGAAUCCUGUCUCGAAUAGGACAUGUCCUGUAACUGUGGUAAAAAUGGAUUCGUCUGUGCAGGCCGGACCUUUUAAAACUGUUUUGCAGUUUUUAUACACAGGGCAACUGGAUGAAAAUGAAAAAGAUCUCACAAGACUGGCUCAGAUUGCUGAAAUCUUGGAAGUAUUUGAUUUGCGAAUGAUGGUGGAGAAUAUUAUGAAUAAAGAAGCCUUCAUGAAUCAAGAGAUUACUAAAGCAUUUCAUGUCAGAAAAGCUAAUCGGAUAAAAGAGUGCCUUUGCAAAGGGACGUUUUCUGAUGUGACAUUUAAAUUGGAUGACGGAACCAUAAAUGCUCACAAGCCACUGCUGAUCUGUAGCUGUGAAUGGAUGUCUGCUAUGUUUGGAGGAUCAUUUAUUGAAAGCUCAAACAGUGAGGUAGUUCUUCCCAACAUAAACAAGACUUCCAUGCAAGCAGUUUUAGAUUACUUGUAUACCAAGCAACUAUCCUCCAGUCAGGAACUGGACACACUUGAGUUAAUCGCAUUGGCAAAUAGGUUUUGCCUUCCUCACCUGGUUGCGUUAGCAGAACAGCGUACAGUACAAGAGCUGACAAAAGCCUCCAUGAGCGGCAUCGCAAUAGAUGGAGAAGUACUUUCCUAUUUGGAAUUAGCUCAGUUUCACAAUGCUAACCAGCUGGCAGCUUGGUGCUUGCACUACAUCUGCACCAAUUACAACAGUGUUUGCUCCAAAUUUCGCAAGGAAAUCAAAGCUAAAUCUUCAGAUAAUCAAGAAUAUUUUGAGAGGCAUCGCUGGCCGCCUGUGUGGUAUUUAAAGGAAGAAGAUCACUACCAGCGAGUUAAGAAAGAAAGAGAAAAGGAAGAUGUUGCACUGAAUAAACACCAUUCGAAGCGGAAGUGGUGCUUCUGGAAUUCCUCUGCUGUAGUUGCCUGAAGAAAGCAAAUAAGUGGAAAUCCAUAGCCAGUGUCAGAAAUUAGUCUUAUUGUUAGAAAUAAGAUGUAGUUCAGGUUUUCAGGAAACGUUGUUCCGUGUGUGCAUUUAUUAUUGCUAGGUUCAAAAGCACAAGCAUACUGAAAGUGAGCCUGGAACAGCUCCUCAAAGUCAUAUGUAUAUUUUUGGCUAGUAAGCAGAUAAAUGUCUACCAUUAUUUCUUUUUAUACCAAAAAAAAAAAAAUAAUCCAGCAUUCAUGUUUCAACCUCCAAUUGGGAAAUAUUUUUAUACUGUCUGGUAUAUUUUGUUCAGAUAAAAUUCUGGAUACCGUUUUAUUUUACAGACGACAAAAUAACCAUGUAGCAGCUUUGUAAUUAGAUUUUAACUAUUUUUACUAUGUGAGUACAGUGAGAUAGACAAUCUUCAGUCAUAAGAGAUCGCUUUUAGAGUAUCUAAUAAAAACUCAUCUUAGGAGAAAAUCUAGUUGCCUAGUAUAGGUUGUCUUUUUUUAAACUAAGUACUGUGCACUGGUAAUAUAAUUAGAUGGUUAUUUCCCCUUUCUAAAGUAAAGGGUUAGAAUAAGAUCCAAUAACUGCAAGAUAUAGAGUGCUUGAUCUUCGCUCAGCUGAAUAAUAGGCAGCAUAAUUACCUGUUCAACUGCAGGAAAAUGUAUUUCUAAUAUUUGCCGUGUAAGUGCAAAUAAUUAUGAGUAUGUGGGCCAUGUGAAAUCUAGUGAUUCUAAAGUAUUCAGAGGUUUUAUAUGUCUAGAUCAAAGAGAAUAUUUCUAAAAUCAUUUAGAAGGGCUUAUUAAUUUAUAUCCUUAUACAAGUAUGGAUCUGAAUACAAAAAGCAGUUACACUGCUUGCAUUUGAAUUACUGCAUGGCAGUUACCUUGCUCUGUGAGAUUUUAACCAUGCAGCCAUUCCUCACGCCGAAUUCCUUUUUGCUUCAGUGCAAGCAAAUGAAAGGGCUGCAAAACCGAGUAGGGAGUUCUCUAGUGCUACAGCAUUUUGUAAAAGAAAAAGGGUCUUCACACACAGGAUCACUUCAGUUUGAUCCAAAUCGUUUUAGAGCUUUUCCCAGGUAGAACGCAAAAUGUUAAGAUUAUUUUUAAGUACAUCGUGUAGUUCCCCUGAAAGUAGGUAGUCCCAGAAAGCUGGGGACAAAGUGAUGGCAGAAAGGCAGGAAUUCUGCACAAGUGGUGCAAGUU